CCACGAUACGAAAAAAAAACUUCAGACAGAAAGAACGGGCUGAAUGAGACGAGGCUCUUCUCAUCCGACCCCGGACGAAACAAGCUGUCCCACCCCCGGCUGUGAUGGCAGCGGACACGUCAGCGGCAAGUACGCCCGACACCGCAGUGUCUACGGCUGCCCGCUGGCCAAGAAGAGGAAGGCUCUGGAAAAACAGCCGCUGGAGCCGGCUGCCAAGAGGAGGCCCUUUCUCACCUCCUGCCCAGGCGAGGAGGAGGAGGAGGAGGAGGAAGCCAGCGUCUACACCAGCUACGAGAACGAAGCCAUAGAGGCAGGGGAGGUGGGGAAGGAGCAACGGGAGGUAGCGGAGGAUGACGAGGAGGAAGAGGAUGGGGAGAGAGAGGGAGAUGAGGAGGAGGUGGAGGAUGAGUUCUCAGAGGACAACGAGGAGCAGGGCGAUGAGGAGGAGGAGGAAGAAGAUGAGGAGGUAGAGGUGGAGAGGGCGGAUACGACAGUAGGAGGGGAGCGGGCGGAGGAGGAGGAGGAAGAGGAGGAGGAGGAAGGGAUGGAUGACGAGGAGGAGGAAGUGGAUGAUGGUGAUGAUGAGGAGGAGCAGGAGGACGAGGGAGAGGAAGAUGAGCAAGAGGACGAAGAGGAGGAAGAGGAGCAUAAUCAUCAGCAAGAGAACCACUAUAAACCCGGUGGACAAUCAAAGCUCCUUCCAGGCCAGAAGGACGACAACAACAACAGCUGCACCAUCGGCGCCGGAAACAGCACCGGAGAAGAUUACGAGAACUACGACGAAUUGGUCGCCAAGUCGCUGCUCAACCUGGGCAAGAUCGCCGAAGACGCCGCCUACCAGGCCAUGACUGAGUCCGAGAUGAACAGCAACUCCUCCAACAGUGCCGGAGAGGAUGAGGAGGAUGAGGAAGAUGACGGCAGCGAGCGCGGUGACAGGAAGGGCGAGCUGAGCGUGGACCUGGACAGCGACGUGGUCAGGGAGACGGUGGACUCCCUGAAGCUCCUUGCGCAGGGUCACGGCGCCAUGCUGCCCGAAGACGGCUACCCAGAGGGCGUCAUGGUGGACGACUGCGGCCACGCUAACGGGCGGCCCGGCCUCGGGGUCAGGGUUCAUGCGGACGAGAGCGAGGAGGAGGUGUGUCUCAGCAGUCUGGAGUGUCUGAGGAACCAGUGCUUCGAUCUGGCUCGGAAGCUGAGUGAGACACAGCCGUCGGAUCGCCCCGCCCUCCACGCCCUCCACCAACAACUCCAACACCAGACAGACCAGCACAUGAUGCAUCACCAGAACAGUCAAAUUUUUUAUCCCACUGUCAGGUACGAGAGCUGCCAGCAGGGGGCGCUGGACGAGCCCAGGUCCCUGGAGCGCAGCUACUCCGACAUGGUGAACCUGAUGAAGCUGGAGGAGCAGCUGAGCCCGGCGUCCAGAGGUUACCCCACCAGCUGCAGCCAGGAGGGCGACGAGGACACCACGUCGGUGGCCUCCGACCGCUCGGACGAGACCUUCGACAUGGCCAAGGGAAAUCUGUCGCUGCUGGAGAAGGCCAUCGCUCUGGAAUCAGAGAGGGCAAAGGUCAUGAGGGACCGGAUGGCCUCAGAGCACGCGCUGCCCCGGCGUGAUCACCACCACCACCACCACCACCAUCACCACGGCCACGGAGAGCACAGCUCCAGGCUGAGCAGCGGUGGAGAGGAGCGCAAGUCCAGGAUGCACCACGACGGGUUGAAGAGGGCGUACUACCCUAAAGACUCUUCCAGGGGCGAGAAGAAGGAGAGCAAGUGUCCGACGCCGGGCUGUGACGGGACAGGUCACGUGACGGGUCUGUACCCGCACCACCGCAGCCUGUCCGGAUGUCCCCACAAAGACCGAGUCCCGCCUGAGAGUAGGUCCCACUGCCUGGAUAUUGUUCUGCACUGAAAACACUCAGAUAAGAACAAUCUGACAAGUCAUUUCAGACCAAACACAACUUCAGUCUGAUGCUUCAUAAAUCCAAUUACCUCCUUCUCUUUACCAAAGUGUGUAGAUCAAGAUGAACCGCAGUAUCAAGGCCCCGCCCAUACACACACUUGACCAAUCAGAAGUCAAUCAUGACGUCUCAGCCUGUUUUUAUAUCAUCAAAUAAUGAU